UCAAUUAUUCUUCAGUUUCGGUUGUGAUGUUUCAACAUGAGUUCAGAGCAUUAAUGCUUUGCUGAUGCGAGGAGGUGAAGUUGUAUGCUACCAGAGUGCAGAUAUUACUUGGUAUGUUUGCUUUCAAGAAAAGAUGGAUGUGUGUUGUGACUGUGACAGAGGGUUCUACUGGAUAUGUUGUUGGGUAUAUGACAAGAAGCAUUGGUAAGGAUAUCAAAAUAGAAGAGAAUGCUGCAACGACCAAGGUGCCAUAUAUAUCGAAGGUGCUCGCAAACUUCCUUCGACUGGAGGAUUCGGAAUAUGAAGUUACUGGAAACAUUGUUGGAAGUGUUGGUCCUGAGAGUACAGAAAAGGAUUCAUCGUUUCUUAUAAAAACAUUGCGAUCAUUCAAAGAAGCUUUGAUUAAGGAUGAUGACACAAAUGUUGCUGAGAUUGAGGCCUUCUUACUUUGCAUUGAUGUUGAUGAUGAGAAGAACUCUCUUAUGAGGAAAAUCAUUGCUUUAGAUGAAUUAUUGAUAACCGUGAGAGAUUGUGUCUUGAGAGCAGGUGCAGAAUCUGUAUUCUACAGACUGAGGGCAGGUGCAGAUUCUGAAUUCUGCACACAGAAGACAGAAACAGAGAGCUGGUGGCAAAUGUGCAAGGGGAAGUUAUGGAGAUCUUUCUUCGCUAGCUGAAUAAGUCUAUCAGGAGUCAAGGCCUGUUUUGUUGGAGGCUUGAUGGAACUUGCCUGGCCUGAUAAGUAAUUGUGCGCGGUUUGGUUGGCGUCCUUGGUGCUUGGCUUGAGCUAGCAUGUCGUGUUGUUAUCUUGGUUGAGGCAGCUGGAGUUAGCAAGGUGAUUAGUCAAGGGUGGCUGUCGAUGCCAUUUAAAAAAUAGGUCUUAAAACUUCAUAUUUCCUCAGGAAAAAUUCGUAUGAAUUAAUGAAUAUCAGGCUACAUUCAGGCGACACUUUUGUCAGGCACAGAGCUCAGGGUAGCAACCACAUAGUUAAGUGAGCUUUUGUUCAAAUGCGUUGGUACUUUAGUUUUUAGAUUCUGUGAUGAUGGUAUGCAUAAAUACAUGAGCUGUUUCAACCAGUACCACAUAGUAUUAAUGAGGUAACAGAAGCUUGCAAUUCAAUUAUCCUGUAUCUGCCCGAGUCUGGAAGGUCAGAUAAGUUGUUCCGCAAGAUAGACAACAACUUUUCAUGUGUCAUCACAGUGGGCUGAGAACUUGUUGAUGAAGCCAAUGAUUGGGUUGAUCAUAGUGAUAGGGCAUCAGACAUAAUGCUAGAUUUAACCCCAGACAAAUGGGCAAACAUGAAAAGAGGAAAGAUGUCAAUGCAUGAGCCAGAGGGUUCCAGUGGUGAAUAUUUUGGACUAGAAGUUAAGGAUGUUUCACGGGAAGAAGCCAUUCUUUCCAAUGUUUACAUAUAAGAUAUACCAGUACAUCCCAAUUGGUAGGGCCCCUCCACUGAUAAGUUGGAUAUCCUUUUAACAAGUGUCUCGGAGAGAAUAAAGCGUUAGAUUUUAUCAUACUUUUAAAGUUUUAACAUGUCAAAGAAGGGAGAGGAGACACCAGCGGAUGGCAAGAUGGAUGAACUGUUGGACAGUGUUAGCCUUAAUUACCUAAAUCCUAAUGAAGUGGAAAACUUUAUGAUUAUCGUAGAAAAUGUGCAACACUCUUCUUCUGAGCAUGAAGGGCAGAAUGAUGAUUUCGAAGCAAAUAUCAUUGAGCAAGAUGAUGAACACAUUGGAACAGUAAGAUUUUACUAAUCUUACUGUUGCAUGCAAAGACAUUGGUGAUGUCAUAUCAGAAGACCCACAGAAGGUUUAGGUUUCCGAGGGCCAAGCAGAAAUAAGUGAAGACUAUGCCGGUAUUCUAAAUAAUGGCAACACAUAUUAUGUAAACACAGUUCUGCAGUAUUUUCAUUGUUUCUCAGAGCUCAAAGCAAUCUUAAUAAUUUGUGAACGGUCCUGACGUAUGAGUUCUUGGGCCUGAUGUUCUAUGGUUGAUUUCGGGAUGUGUAAGAGCAGGGCGACUACCACUAUAUCAUACUCUCUUGACUGGGAUGAGCUUCGUUUUUUUGUAGAAAAAUGAUAGAAUAAGAAUUGUGAUUUCUGCUGA